AUGGUGGAAUCGAAGACGACAAGAUUGUCAAUGUUGGCUUUAUGUUUUGGAGUAACGCUGUUCAUCUUCUUUCUCCGGUUUACAGUCAUAGGAGAACUCAAUCUCUCCGUAGCCCCACCGAAAGUAUCAUGUGGUGUCACACACCAUACCCCAGCCCUUGUAUUCAGUGCGGCCGGGUACAACGGAAACUAUUACCAUGAUAUAAACGAGAACUUCAUCCCACUUUUCAUCACCAUCAAUUCACUCUACCCUAAUCAAGAUGUGACACUUGUGAUCACGGAGGGUACUAUUUGGUGGUUACAAAAGUACGCUGAAAUAUUGUCUGCGUUUAGUCCCCACCAUUCGAUCAUCAACGCAAACAACUUAUCAACCGUCCAUUGCUUCCCUUCAGCGACCGUAGGGUUGAUGAAGCAUGGACACAUGAUCAUAAACCCAAAACUGUUACCAAACCCUAAAACCCUUUUUGAUUUCCGUGCAUUUCUAGGGAAAGUAUACACCAAAAUUGGUGCCCCGUUUAUGUACCCAAGUGAAAAUGGGAAGCCACGUUUGACAUUGAUAAGUAGAAAGGGGGACGUGAGCCGUGUGAUUUUAAACGAAGAAGAUGUGAUCAAGGUGGCGGAAGAAUUAGGGUUUCAUGUGCAUGUGUGGGAGCCAUCAGCAAGCACUCCAAUGGCCCAGGCAGGGUCAGUGUUGGUUCAAGUGCCACUUGGACUUGGUUGGGCUUCAAGAACUUGCGAUGAGAAACCACCUAAAAAUUUAGGGUUGGAAUACAUGGAGUACAAGACUAGGGUAAAUGAAAGCAGCUUGUUGGAGAAAUAUGGUGCUGAUAGCUUGGUGAUCAAGGAUCCUGUGGCUUUUCAAAACAAAUGGUCUGAGAAAAGGGUAUAUUGGAAGGAGCAAAAUGUUAGGAUUCACAAAGUUUUUGACAAAAGUUUAUGA